AUGGCCAAGUCGUUUAUUGAAUCUAAUCCUCAAACUCAGAUAAGAAUGAGAUUAAUAGGGAAGAGGACCAAAGAUGCCAGAACUUAUGUGCUUCCAACUACAUCCGAGGUUGCCGCUCUCAUUGUUGGAGAUAUAGACCCUUACAUGGGACAACGUGAUAUUAUUGUCGAGUCUAGAUCAGGAGUCUUGAAACGAAUAAGUGAAUUAAACCCAGCUUAUUUACCAUUGCAAUACCCAAUAUUAUUUCCGUAUGGAGAGGAUGGUUUCAGGGAAGAUAUACAUUUUGCUACACAGGGUACUAAAAAAGACUUUUCAAGAAAGAGUGUUUCACAAAGAGAGUACUUCGCGUUCCGUAUACACGAAAGAUCAAAUGAGAUCUCAACUAUAAUGUAUGCUAAAAGGUUAUUCCAGCAAUUCUUGGUUGAUGCAUAUACUAUGGUUGAAUCUUCGAGGUUACUCUAUAUUCGGUUAAAUCAAAAAGCUUUGAGGUGUGAGGCCUACAAAGGACUCUCUGAUGCGCUGACGCGAGGUGAAGUUCAACCCAGUUCUCAAGGUAAAAGAAUCAUAUUACCAUCAAGUUUCACUGGAGGAGCAAGGUACAUGAUACAAAAUUACCAAGACGCCAUGGCAAUUUGUAGAUUUUUAGGCUAUCCCAAUCUUUUUAUUACAUUUACAUGUAAUCCUAAAUGGCCUGAGAUAGAACGCUUCUUGGAGAAAAGAAACUUGAAAGCUGAAGAUCGCCCGGACAUUGUUUGCUGUGUUUUCAAAAUGAAGCUAGACUGUUUAAUAAAGGAAAUAAAAAAUGGGAAACUAUUUGGUCGCGUAAAGGCAGUUAUAUACACAAUUGAGUUCCAGAAACGUGGUCUUCCGCAUGCUCACAUAUUACUAUUCAUUCAAGCGAACAGCGAAUUUGCUGACCCGGCCUUUAUGGACACGAUCAUUUCAGCCGAGAUCCCCGACAAGGUGACAGAGAAUGAAUACUACAAACAUGUUGGAGAAUUCAUGUUGCACGGCCCGUGUGGUGCUGCCCGAAUGAAAUCCCCGUGCAUGGCAAAUGGCAAGUGUUCAAAGCAUUUUCCAAAAAGAUACAUUGAUGCAUCGCAUUUUGACCAAGAUGGUUACCCAUUGUCAAUCAAGUACUUAUUCAAGUACGUAAACAAGGGUAACGACCGGGUCACGGCUGAGUUUUAUAAGGCUACGAUCGAUGGAGCUGGUAAUGAGAUUGUCGAUGAGAUAAACAUGUACUAUGAUUGCAGGUACGUAUCUGCAUGCGAGGCAACAUGGAGGUUGUUUAGUUUUGAAGUACAGUACAGAACUCCCCCGGUUGAGCGAUUAAGCUUUCACUUGCCGGACUGCCAGUCAGUUGUUUUCCAAGACGAUGAUACGAUUGAUAAUGUCCUCAAUAGGGAAACCGUUUGGCAAAGUAUGUUUAAUGCAUGGUUUGUAGCCAAUCAGAAGUUCAAAGAAGCGAGUUUACUGACGUACAUCGAGAUGCCUACCAAAUUUGUUUGGAAGAAGGACAUCCGUGAAUGGCAUCCAAGAAAGAAGGGUUCCUCAAUUGGUAGAAUAUUCUAUGUGCCUCCAGCUUCAGGCGAAAUAUAUUAUUUGAGGUGUCUAUUGAACAUAGUCCGUGGUCCGACAAGUUACAAAGAUAUUAGGACAGUUAACAGUGUUGAGUACUUAACCUUUAGAGAUGCGUGUUAUGCUCAUGGAUUGUUAGACGAUGAUAAGGAGUACAUUGAUGCUAUAAAUGAAGCAAGUUAUUGGUCAAGUGCGCAUUCAUUGAGGAAGCUAUUUGUUGUCUUACUAACAUCAUCAUCAAUUAUUAGACCCGAAAAUGUUUGGAAUCAAGUGUGGGAACAUUUGUCUGAAGAUGCUCAACAUUAUCAAAGGAGAGUAUUAAAACAACAAGAGGAAGAGAAAAAGAACUUUGCAUUAAUUGAACUGGAAAACCUGUUGGGUCAACAAAACAAGUCUUUAAAAGACUACCCCCCGAUGCCAAUACCAAGUACUGAUAAUUCACGUUUGUUUCAAAAUCGAUUGGUUUUUGAAGAGUUGUCGUACGAUUCGGAACAGUUGAAGGCAGAUUCUGAGGUCCUUUGUGCCAAACUAACUGAAGAACAGGGUCUCAUAUAUGAUACUGUUAUCAAAGAUAUUGAGAACAAGAAGGGUGGCUUAUUUUUUGUUUAUGGUUAUGGUGGAACAGGAAAGACUUUCCUAUGGAGAGCGUUAUCAGCUGCAGUCAGAUGCAAAGGACAAAUCGUUUUAAAUGUCGCUUCAAGUGGCAUAGCUUCUUUGUUGUUACCAGGUGGCCGGACUGCACACUCGAGAUUUGCAAUACCUAUUGCAAUAAAUGAGGACUCUACCUGUAACAUUAAGCAAGGUAGCGACCUGGCUGAGUUGCUGAUCAAGACGAGCUUGAUAAUUUGGGAUGAAGCUCCCAUGAUGCAUAAACAUUGCUUUGAAGCUUUAGAUAGAACCAUGCGGGAUUUGUUGCGUUUUGUAGAACCUAAUAGUGAAAUGAAGACGUUUGGUGGUAAAACAGUUGUAUUGGGUGGAGAUUUUCGUCAAAUUCUUCCAGUAGUUCCCAAAGGUACACGGCAAGACAUUGUUUCUUCAGCGAUUAAUUCAUCAUACCUAUGGGAUACUUGCAAAGUCUUAAGGUUGACUAAAAACCUUAGGCUCAGCUCGGUACCAAAUGGUGGAAACCGGCAUGCGUUACAAGAGUUUGCUGACUGGAUUGCCAAUAUUGGCGAUGGGAAGCUUGGUGGCCAGAAUAACGGGUUUGCAGAAAUUGAAAUACCAACGCACAUGUUAGUAUCAUCCGGGGGGGACAACAUUAAAGCAAUUGUGCACAGUACAUUUCCUAUGUUUGCAAGUGGGAACACUGACCCCGAGCACCUGUUGGGUCGUGCCAUAUUAGCACCGACGCUCGACGUUGUCAACGCUGUUAAUGAAUAUAUGACUGAGUUGCACAAUGCCGAAAGUAGGUCAUACUAUAGUUCAGACGCAGUAUGCAAAGCCGAUGGCGAUAACGGUAUAUUUGGAGACGUACACACACCGGAGUUUCUAAAUAGCAUUCGGGUUUCAGGUCUACCAAAUCAUACACUGACCUUGAAAAUCGGAUCACCGGUAAUGUUAAUGAGAAAUAUUGACCAUUCACUUGGUUUGUGCAAUGGAACUCGGUUGAUAAUCACAAAGCUAGCAGAUCAUGUGAUUGAAGGCGAGAUCCUGACUGGUCCCAACAAAGGUACAAAAGUGUUAAUCCCCCGAAUGUCAAUGGCACCCUCGGAUCCAAGAUUGCCGUUCAAGUUUCAACGAAGGCAAUUCUCAUUGAUGCUUUCAUAUGCGAUGACCAUAAACAAAAGUCAAGGCCAAACGUUGACCCAUGUAGGUUUAGUACUAAAGAAACCGGUUUUUGUACACGGUCAGUUGUACGUAGCUGCAUCUCGGGUUAAUAAUCCAGACGGUCUCAAAAUAUUGAUAGCAAAAGACUCAAGUUCAACUACAACCUCAACCACUAAUGUUGUAUAUCAUGAAGUUUUCAAUAAUUUGUAG